AUGCGUUUUUAUAACACUUCAAAGACCGAGCAAGUGUUUAGAGUGGACACCUACGACCUCCAAAACUGGGUCGUCGUUUCACUUACAUGUGGCAAUGGUGAUCGUGUAUUCAUCCAGAAUGCUCCCGAGCAGGAAGGGUUUUACGUUGAUAUCGUAGUUUGUGCAGGCUUGAAGGUCAUUCCAAGCAGCCGUGUUGUCGAUUGGUUGGAGAUUGAUAGUACUAAUAUUAGUUCUAUUGGUGCUGGGCGCCAAAGCAGCGAUAUAGCCGUCAAUUUGACUCUCGACCAGGGUCCAUCCUAUCUUGAUGAAGGUAUCGUUUCUUUCUAUCAGCUUCAGAGUUGA